AUGGCCGGCCUGAUCAGGUUGCGUGCCAGUCUGAGGAGUUUGCCGUCAGUUCCUCGGUCGUCGUUCGCUCGGACACCUCCGGCUUUACAAGUGGCGGCUUGGUUUCCAAGCCCGCUAUUUCAUUCUGCUAACAUUCGUGAGAGCCGUGCUUUACUGGUAGCAGCACUGGAUGUAUCCAAGGAUGGGUCCUCGGCGGUUCUGGCGAAUAGCCAGCCUCCCAAAGGGGUUAUUGAGACAUUGCGCAAUGCUGAUGCAGUAUGUUUCGACGUCGAUAGCACCAUCAUCCUGGAUGAGGGUAUUGACGAGCUUGCUGAUUUCUGUGGGGCAGGGAAAGCUGUUGCUGAAUGGACAUCAAAAGCCAUGACUGGGACUGUUCCAUUUGAGGAGGCGCUGUCAGCCAGGCUGUCUUUAAUUAAGCCAUCUCUCUCCCAGGUGGAGGAGUGCCUGAAGAAGAGGCCACCAAGGAUUUCUCGUGGAAUGGCUGAUUUGGUUAAGAAGCUAAAAGCUAAUAAUAUUGAUGUAUUCCUUGUGUCAGGAGGCUUCCGACAAAUGAUCAAGCCUGUGGCAUUUGAGCUUGGUAUUCCUCCUGAAAACAUCAUUGCAAACCAUCUGCUCUUUGGCACUUCGGGGGAGUACGCUGGAUUUGAUCCCACAGAGCCCACUUCACGCGGUGGGGGUAAAGCAAAAGCAGUGCUGCAAAUAAAACAGGACCAUGGCUACAAGGCAGUCGUUAUGAUUGGUGAUGGCGCAACUGAUCUUGAGGCUCGGCAACCUGGCGGGGCAGACUUGUUCAUCUGUUAUGCCGGUGUUCAAAUGAGGGAGCCAGUCGCAGUAGAAGCCGACUGGGUGGUUUUUGAUUUUCAAGAGCUGAUCACCAAGUUGUCAUAA